UCUGGGCUCCGCUGUAGGGCUGGAGUGCAGACCUCAUGCACUGGCUGGAAACCUUGACAUACUCAGACUCCAUUACAAGAAAAGGAACUUUAGCCUGGCGUUGGUGGCUCACGCCUUUAAUCCCAGCAUUCGGGAGGCAGAGGCAGGCGGAUCUCUGUGAGUUCCAGGGCAGCCUGGUUUCCAGAGCAAGUGCCAGGAUAGACUCCAAAGCUACAUAGAGAAACUCUGUCUCAAAACCGCCCCCCAAACAAAACAAGACACUUUAAAGUGUCUAAAUACAUCUGAAGUGAGAGUUCUAUCCCAGGUCCAGUUUGGCUAGAGGUGGUCCCUACCCUCCGGACGCCAGUCCUGGGGGAGAUGAUCUGGCUUUGGCUGCCUGAUACUGCUGGGGAGUGACAGGGUAUGACACCUACCCAGGAUCACCAGUACAAAAUGAAAGUGGGCAGGACACGAUGGUCCCCAGACAUAAAUGCGACAAGCACAGAAAACUAGAUGCAGGGAAGAAGCUAAGCAGAAAGGGUGUGAAUGGUGCAGGCAAUGUGGCGUUUUGAGCGAUAGACGGGGAUCUCAGAGCCUCAGGAAUGACUAUAGGUAAGGGGCAGCUUCUGUGUUGGGAGUGUUAGCUAUGUUACCUUGGUCGAGUGGCAGAUAGAUGAUCUUGGAGUUUUCAUUCCUCCUUGCUUUGGUGAGAACACAGAUGGAAGGCACCCAGUAUGGUGCUUUUCCUCCUUCCUCUAACAGCGCUUUUAUGAAAACAGGGUGUCAGUAUGUUCAGUGGGUGGUGGUGGUGCACGCUUUUAAUCCCAGCACAUGGGAGGCAGAGGCAAAUGGAUCUAUGUGAGUUUGAGGCCAGCCUGGUCUACGGAGUGAGUGCCUGGACAGACUGCAGAGCUACACAGAGAAACCCGAAAAAAACAAACAAAAAACAAAACAAAAACAAACAAAAAACCAGAAUGCUCUCAGCUGUGGGAGUGGGAGCCUUCCCUGAGUCCUUCUGCCCUUUCUUCUCCCCUCUCCUUUAAGGUUGAAGAUACACAGGUAUCAAACCAGGCCUCAGGGUGCAGCAGAGAGAAAACUCAGGGGCUGGGGUCUCCAUCUUGGCCGUUGCUAGGUCCCUGGAAGAGUGUGAUGGGGAUGACCCACUGUCAAGAGCAGCACCUGCUAAGCAGCAGGUGCACAAGGAUGUCAACGUCCUAACAACCUGUGUCCUAGCUUCUUAUAAGGAACACAUCCACUAUACCACAUCUACUCUUACCAGUGACGAAGGAUGUGCACAAGGAGCAUCCAAGGUCAAGAGCAGACUGGAAUUCCAAGGCAGCAGGUUGCUGCAUUCUUGGCUAUGAUGGUGGGACACGCCGUCAGUUCGCAGGUCCACAAUGACUGCAGUCACUGGCCUAGCUGCUGUCCCAGCAAAGAACAAGAUUCCCUUGAGUUGCCGAAGUUGAGCACUGCAUCUGUGUCUCCCCCAGAACCUCUGAGAGACACCUCCCACACAGAUUCCUGCAAGGCCAGCAACGAUGGACCUCUCAACAGGAGGUCCAUAUCUCCUUGGAGCUAUGAGUUGGACAGGGACUUGAACCGGGUCCCCCAGGAUCUGUACCAUGCGCGAUGUCUGUGUACACACUGUGCCAGCUUACAGAGGGGCUCCCACAUGGGCCUAAUGGGCAACUCAGUACCACUCUACCACAACCAGACGGUCUUCUACCGGCGGCCAUGCCACGGACAGCAAGGUUGUCAUCAUGGCUACUGCCUGGAGCGCAGGCUCUACCCUGUCUCCUUUGCUUGUGUUUGUGUGCGGCCUCUUCUAAAGUCGUCUUAGUCACACUUGCCACCUUCCUGAGGCUGACACCUUGCCGCACUGGCCAGGGCACCUGAAUGCUCAAGUCCUCCAGAGUCCUACUUGAAGCAUCAGAGUCCCCGGACAAGACGGAGAACUUGGAAGAAACCCUGACUUUUGCACUUUUUGAAAGAACUUUUGGGAAGAAGCAGUUUCAGUUUGUGGCUGUUGAAGAUGCUGUUGUGACAUUCCCUCUCAAAAAAGGUCUCCAAAGGCCUGCUGAUCCCUGGAAGCCACACUACUGGCUCUUCCUUCCCUCUGAAUUCCCCGCCCAGCACAGGCACUUUCUCCAUAUUUCCUUUGCCCUUCAUUUUGUUUGCUUGUGAACACCAACUCUGUAGGCAGCCAGGCGUAAUUACUUUGACGUGGGUAAUUCUGAGGAGAAGAAAGCUGUUGUUGAACGUGAAAAUAUUUAUCCAAAUAAAUAUCUGUAUUUAAAAAUGG